AACUCAACUCAACUCAGCUCAGUCGCUACUUCUUCUCCAAAUCCCAUGGGCAAAAAGGUAAAAUGGAGCUGGACCUCAGCCGCGCUCGGCGCGGCGUCGGCAGUGGCUGCGACGGCCAUAAUCGCAGCGAAGCCGAAGGACCCACACUUCGACCUCAUCUCGAUCAACUUCACCUCCUUCAAGCUCAAACUCCCAGUCGUCGACGCCGAGCUAAUCCUGACCGUCCACAUCACCAACCCCAACAUCGCACCCAUCCAUUACUCCUCCACCACCAUGUCCAUCUUCUACCAAGGCUCGCUCCUCGGCUCGGCCGACAUCAAGGCCGGCUCCCAGUCGGCCAGGUCCUGCAAGAUGCUUCGGCUCCCGGCUCGGCUCGACGGCCUCCAGCUGGCUCAGCACGCUUCUAAGUUCUUCUCCGACGUGGCCAAGCGGGAGAUGUUGCUCGACGCCGCCGUCGAUAUUGGUGGCACGGCCAAGGUCUUGUGGUGGGACCAUAAGUUUAAGGUCCACGUGGAUAGCCGCGUCACCGUUGAUCCAGUUUUUCUUGAUGUGAUUGAUCAGGAAAAUAGGUCUGAACUUGAUAUUUUUGUUAAAGAUUAAAAAAAAGUGGUAUUUGUGAAAGAUUGAAUGAAAUGAAUGGAUUUUAAUUUUAUGAUUGGAAUCGAAACUUACGACAACAA